AGAGUUCAUUUGUCCAGCUCAAUCAAGCAGCCAUGGCAAGUCGGUGUGCACACGCUCUGCGAGCAGCCUCUCGUUCCCAUUCUUUCAUCCGACCUCAUGCGUUGGCUUUCCGUUCGAGAUCACUUGCCACUGCUGCCGCUGCCGAGACUUCCUCAUCUACACCUCCUCCUCCAUCACCAGUAUCUGAUCCCAAACUGACGAAGAUUGUUGAUGAAAUCUCUGGGCUUACAUUAUUGCAAGCGGCAGACCUGGUUUCUCUCUUGAAGACGAGACUUAACAUUCAGGAAAUUGCCAUGCCUUCGGCUGGGCCUGCGCCCGUGGCUGCUGUAGAGGAGGCUCCAGUUGAGGAGAAGCCCAAGGAAAAAACUGUCUUUAAUGUCAAGCUUGAAUCCUUCGAAACUGCUGCUAAACCAAAGAUUAUCCGGGAAGUCAAGGCUAUGGUUCCUAACCUGACACUCAUCGAUGCCAAGAAGUUCGUCGAGUCCGUCCCUACGAUCCUCAAGGAAGGCCUUUCAAAGGAGGAUGCCGAAAAGCUCAAGAAGACCUUCGAGGCUCUGGGUGGUGUUGUCGUUCUGGAGUAAUGCUAGAUUUUACCCUCUAUACUCAUCUCUAAUGCACACUUGACCAUUUGUGUGUUUCGCUCAACCUCGAAAGUACUGUAAGAUAUAUGUAAGAUAUCUUCAUAUUGCACAGGAAAAGGUAGAGAAACAAUGAUUGCUACAGUGCGAGACU